UAGGAUCAAAAAACCCAGGCCAAGACACGAUAAAAUUCCCCAACGUUUCUCUCUCCCUAGCUCUCGCUCUCGCAGAAAUGGAGGCAUUAUUGGCGAAUUACGUAGAGAAAAGCCUGAACAAUUACAUGCGAAGAAACGCCAUCUUUCUCUGCGAACGCCUCUGCGCUGAGUUUCCUUCCGAGGUGAAUUUACAACUAUUGGCCAGAUGUUACUUGAAUAACAAUCAAGCUCAUUCUGCAUAUCAUAUUCUAAAAGGUACGCGAACGGCUCAGUCUCGCUACUUGUUUGCACUCGCCUGCUUAGAGAUGGAUCUCUUUGGUGAAGCCGAAGCUGCGUUGCUGCCUAUUGAAGAGCUUAGUGCUGAGGUUUCAAAUGGUGCGGCUGUGCAAUAUCUUCUUGGCAUUAUAUACAGGGACACCGAUAGGAUGAAAAGUUCAGUUGAACACUUUAGAAAGGCUUUGUCAGUUGAUCCAUUAUUUUGGGCAGCAUAUGAGGAACUGUGUAUACUAGGUGAGGCAGAGGAAGCUACUAUUUAUUUUGGUGAUGCGGCUAUUCGUUAUGUUCAAGAGCAUUAUCUACGUAAUGCAUCUAGUUGUUUGCAAAUAGCCGGUGUGGAUCAAAGCUUGGAUUCUUCCCAGACCUUUGGCUUAGAAGAUUUGAGUCUGCGCCGUUCACAACAAAUGGAAGGGAACAACAUCAAAGAUAUAUGUCAUAAUAAUCAUGGGCGACCUCUUUUAACAGGACCUGCUGGGCAAACAACAAACAGCUGUUGCAAGAUAUCAGUUCUUAAUACUCCUUCUCCCUUGCUCACACAACUAUCAGAUAUGGCUCCAGCACCUCUAAUUAGAAACAUACAACGUCCUCAAAGUGAAGGCUUUCUAAGAUCUAGUACGCAACCUCGAAGAAAAUCAGUUCAUGUAAAUGAAUCAGCACAGAUUCGUGGCAGUUUAUUUUUAGAUUCAGGCUGUCGUCGAAGUGCAAGAUUAGCUGCUGCUCGCAGAUGCUUCAACAGGUCACAAGGUUCAGAAAAUGAUGCUAACAAUUUGCUAGCUUUAACUAAAUCAAACUCUAGGACAUACUAUUCAACAGUUUGUAGAGGCCAAACUCAGAAUCUUGAGGAAGGGAAAUUGCCAGAAACUUAUGAUGAUGCUGUAUCAGAGUUCAGAGCACCUUCAAGUUUGUCUUCAUCAAAUGAUGUUAAAUCUGUUCAACAUGAGAUAGUAAAUACAGAACUGAGCAGCUCUAUCUCAAAUGGUUCAACAAUCAAAUCUGGUGUCUUAGAUACAAUGAGCCUCCUGAGAAUUCUUGGGGAGGGAUACAGGCAUUUGUGUGGGUAUAGAUGUCAGGAAGCUUUAAAUGUCUAUCAAAAACUCUCAUUAAAGCAGUACAAUACAGGUUGGGUUCUUUCCCAGGUUGGGAAAGCAUAUUUUGAGCUUGUAGAUUACUUAAAUGCUGAUUAUGCCUUUAGUCUUGCACGCCAAAUAUCUCCUUACCAUCCGGAAGGGAUGGAUGUAUACUCCACAGUUCUUUAUCAUUUGAAGGAAGAUAUGAAAUUGAAAUACCUAGCUCAGGAGUUGAUAUCAGUUGACCGUUUUGCUCCACAAUCCUGGUGUGCUAUUGGAAACUGCUACAGUCUGCAGAAGGAUCAUGAAACUGCACUCAAAAGUUUUCAGCGAGCUGUGCAGCUGAAUUCUAGAUUUGCAUAUGCUCACACUCUUUCUGGUCAUGAGCAUGUUAUUAUGGAGGACUAUAGAGAUGGAGUGGAGUGCUACCAGAGAGCUCUCCGUGUAGAUGCAAGACAUUAUAAGUCCUGGUAUGGUCUUGGGAUGAUAUAUCUUCGCCAAGAGAAAUUUGAAUUUGCUGAGCAUCAUUUUCGCCAAGCUUAUCAGAUAAAUCCUUAUUCAUCAGUUAUCAUGUACUAUUUGGGAACCACUUUAGAAUCAUUAAAGAGGAGUGAAGAAGCUUUGGAGAUGAUGGAAAAAGCUAUUGUCACUGACAAUAAAAAUCCACUUCCAAAGUACAACAAAGCAAAAAUGCUGGUGACACUUGGAAAAUUGAAUGAAGCUUUGGAAAUUUUGGAGGAACUCAAAGAGUGCAAUCCUCGUGAAAGUAGCAUCUAUGCAUUGAUAGGUGAAAUUUAUAAACAACAUAAAAAGCAUGACAAGGCAAUGCUUCAUUUUGGAAUUGCUUUGGACUUAAAACCGUGUACGUUGGAUGUUGCUAAAAUAGAGGCUGCCAUUGAAAAGUUAAUUAUACCAGAUGAAAUAGAUGAUGACUUUUAGCACUUGCCAGCUGCAAUAUAGUGAACAGAGAGAGUGAAAUUUCUGGGUGCAAAAAGCCACUGGUAUCUGAGGUACUUACUUGGCUUGCCUGCGACGUACACUAGAAGAAGUUGGUAGAAGUUCCAGAAGAUUUGUAACCUUUUAGGUUCUUCACCGCAUUGGAUGCACCUUCGGAAAUCUUGCAGCUUCUUACUAGUCCCAAACUGAUUAGAAAGUAAGUGUUAAAAUAGCAAUUUGUGCACAAAGCUUACUAUCGGAAUAAACCUCUGGUAUUUACUUUAAUAGUCGUUUAAUAUUUCAUGCAUAGAAUGAACUUUUUUUAUUUAUUAAUAGUGUGUAGUUUGUUAGUCAGUAGCAGCUUAAUCCAAUGCGGUUUGUUGGCACCUAAUACACCCAAUUCUAGCAGUUGAAAUUCUAAAUGCAUAGAAAUUUGUCAGCUCUCUUCUCCCCAUCUUCCUUCAUAAAUUCCUGUGAAAACUAAUAGACUAUGGGUUUGUUGCCCCUAGAUUCUGUUUAGUUAGGAAAUAUUUUUCAAUUGUUUUGACAUAAGUAAA